UGGAAGCUACAACAAGCAAAACCCAUUUAAUCCAAACAAAAAGUGCGUCAACAGCUGUUGAUGAAAGCAGCUUUGAAGAUGAUGAGCUGAUGCUUAAUGACGGUUUAAUGCCGCUGCACAGUAAUACUAAAACAAAUACCUAUACACAAGUGCUCAGCAAUCACAACAACAACAUACAACGCAAUUUACAUUCAAUUUUAAAUUCGAAUGCUCCUGCUAAUGACUACCCGCAACUCAAUGUUCAACGCAUUGCUGCUGCGGACGACAUCGAUAUCAUCAAGCUAGAGGAUACACACUCCAGCGAAGAUGAAAUCUACAAAACUAUUGAGGGUAAUACAAAUGCGCGUGAUAAGGCGCAUCACAUAUAUAGCAAACGUAAGGUAGUGGUCACAAGUCGGCCUACGCCUAAGCACCCCGCGCCAAAUGCGUUCGAAAACGAAGUACUCAAAAGCGCCGAAGACGUCGAUGCACCUACCAAUUAUGCUGAAAAACUACAACACUUUCCACUCAAAGCGCCCAUAGUGAGUGAGUACUAUGAUCCACCAAGCAAGCAUAUACUGGUCAAUGUAACGAUAGCCACCGAGGGUGACAGCAACUCAGUGUAUACUCUGCAUGUCGCCGUGCCGUUAGGUGGUCAAUCGCAUGAUCUGCAAGAGGUACUCACUCAUGAGCGCUUGAAAAGUGAAGAGCAACAUCACGAAAGCCAUGAACACCCAGCAGCACCUUCCCAUACUAGCAGUCCAUAUUGCAUAGCCGAACCACCGCCACCAAUACCAGAAUGUCCUUGCAAAUGUAGCGAUUUUUUGACACACACAGAAGCGAGCGCUUUCGAUGAUGAUGAUCUCGCUGAAGACAUCGAUUUUAGCACGCAAGCCACAGAUAAUUAUCGCACUACCACUGCUGCCUCGACCACUACUUACGACGAUUCCAUACAUCCACCACCACCACCACCCUUACCAAUCACAACUGCUAUGCUAACCAAUAUUGAUAGCGCUACCGAUGAUUCUAUCAUUGCAACAACAACAGCUACCACUACUACUACUACCACUUCAUUUACUAAUUUGCUUGGUGUUGAUGCGUCGCAUGGCGCUGGUUUUGAUGAUCAUGUUGUUGUUGGUGAUGGCAGCAAAAUUGCAUGUCCUGAUGUUAUGCCUAUUCUGAUACUUGAAGGCGCGCGUACUUUUCCAGCACGCAGUUUCCCACCAGAUGGCACUACUUUCGGGCAAAUUACUUUGGGACAAAAGUUGACUAAGGAGAUACAACCCUACAGCUAUUGGAAUAUGCAAUUCUAUCAAUCGGAACCGGCUUAUGUGAAAUUCGAUUAUACCAUACCGCGUGGCGCUUCGAUUGGGGUCUAUGGAAGGCGCAAUGCGCUGCCAACGCAUACGCAGUAUCACUUCAAAGAAGUGCUAAGUGGUUUCAGCGCAAGCACAAGGACAGCACGAGCGGCACAUUCUUAA